AAAUGAAAUAAAGCAGAUAGCCAGAUAAAGCAAAGAGGGGCUGGAAAAAAGGUGGGAAAAGAAAAUGGUAGGAAAGAGGAAGAAGGGGAAAUGGUGAAUGAACCAUCAAUUUCAUGUCUCUCUUCCCCUGCCUUCCACCCAUUUCUCAACUGUGGCUUUUCCUUUAAAAUCUUCGCUCCUAACUCUUCCCUCGCUAAAUCCAGUUCCCAUUUGCAGGGGGCGUCCGCGAAUCCAAUCCUUCCUCCAAUAUUUAGGGUUUUGAAUUCCUCCAUUCUCUUUUUGUUUUCCUUUUCGCAUUCAUUCAGCUCGGCUCUCCUGGGAGAAAAAGCUGAGCUGCUGGUGACGGUAUAGUUAGGCCAGGGGAAUCUUUGUUCUCUUUUUUGCCAUCCCCUUGGCCUUUGUUUCUGUUUCUGUACAGAGAAUAUAUAAAAGGAAGCGUUUCGUUGGGUUUUCCCUCUAUCUGAUUCUGAUCCAAUUGGAGGGCUUGGUUCGUCUCUUCUUUUGACUUGAAUUCUCUGCUCCCGAGGUGUUCAUUUAUUUCUCCCUCACUCUCUCUUUUAACAGAAGGGGAAAACAAGGAAAGUUGGCUGCUUUACUUUGUUUUCUGCAUUUUCAUUUUCGUUUCUUUUAUUUAUGGGUUUUAGAGAGAGAAGAUCAGAAGAAAAGGGGACGUGGGAAUGCUGAUGAUAAUGAUGUGGAGAUAGAGAUAGAGAGGUAGAGAAAGACAAAGAGAGAGAUAGCGGAAAGAGAUGAUGGCAAUGGAGAAGGAUUUUGAUUCAAAGCUAAGGGUUCAGGGCGGCCGUUCUGUUACUACCACCACCACCUCUUCCUCUUCUUCGUCUUCUGCUGGUAAUAACAAUAAUGCUAAUAAUGGGUAUCCGCCGAGAUCUAAGAGUUUUGCGUUUAGGGCGCCCCAGGAGAAUUUCUCAAUUCAGGAUUUUGAGCUGGGCAAGAUCUAUGGUGUUGGUUCUUAUUCAAAGGUAGUGAGGGCCAAAAAGAAGGAUUCUGGAAUUGUUUAUGCCUUGAAGAUCAUGGACAAAAAGUUCAUCACAAAAGAAAAUAAAACAGCUUAUGUGAAGUUGGAAAGAAUAGUGCUUGAUCAAUUGGAUCAUCCAGGAGUCGUUCGCCUGUAUUUUACUUUUCAAGAUACAUUUUCCUUGUAUAUGGCACUUGAAUCUUGUGAAGGUGGAGAGCUUUUUGACCAAAUCACUAGGAAACGUCGUUUAUCAGAGGAAGAAGCUCGGUUUUAUGCGGCGGAAGUUGUAGAUGCUCUUGAAUACAUACAUAAUAUGGGGUUAAUUCACCGAGACAUAAAGCCGGAGAACUUGCUUCUGACAGCGGAUGGACAUAUAAAAAUUGCUGAUUUUGGAAGUGUGAAGCCAAUGCAAGAAAGCCGCAUUACUGUGCUGCCAAAUGCAUCUUCCGAUGAUAAAGCUUGCACAUUUGUGGGCACAGCUGCAUAUGUGCCUCCAGAAGUUCUCAAUUCUUCCCCUGCAACUUUUGGAAAUGACCUAUGGGCACUUGGAUGCACAUUGUACCAAAUGCUUUCUGGAACUUCUCCCUUCAAAGAUGCAAGUGAAUGGCUUAUAUUUCAAAGAAUUAUAGCCAGGGAUGUUAGAUUUCCUGAUCAUUUUUCAAAAGAAGCUAGAGACCUCAUAGAUAGAUUGUUGGACACUGAACCUGUAAGAAGACCAGGUGCUGGCCCUGAUGGUUAUGCAGCUCUCAAGAUGCAUCCUUUCUUCAAAGGGGUUAACUGGGAUAAUUUAAGAUCACAAACCCCUCCGGAACUCGCUGCUGACCCAACAGCACAGUCAAGUGAAGGGGUUGAGCCUGAUUCAUGGAAUCCUGCACAUGUUGGUGACUGCUCGGCCCCAAAUGAUGGGAAUGUUCCUACUGCUUCAUCCUCAGCUGAUGUAUCUGGUCAUGUAACACGUCUUGCCUCAAUUGACUCGUUCGAUUCUAAAUGGCAACAGUUUUUGGAUCCUGGGGAGUCUGUAAUUAUGAUCUCUAUGGUGAAGAAGUUACAGAAGUUGACAAGCAAGAAGGUGCAACUUAUCCUCACAAACAAGCCAAAACUGAUCUAUGUGGACCCUUCAAAGCUAGUGGUGAAGGGAAAUAUAAUCUGGUCUGACAAUUCUGAUGACCUCAACAUCCAAGUCAUCAGUCCUUCAAAUUUCAAGAUCUUUACGGUAAUGGUGGCUUUUCCUUCCUGCACUAAUUUAUGUAAUGAACUAACCAAUACAAUCUUGCCUGCUUCACACCGCAUUGCAAUGCUUCUACCAUUUUGUAUGUCUGAUUCUACAAUCGUUUUCUCAUUUCAGCCAAAGAAAGUACUGUCAUUUGAAGACGCGAAACAAAGAGCAUCGCAGUGGAAAAAGGCGAUUGAGAGUCUUCAAAACCGGUGAGAAAGUCUUAUCCCAUCAGUCGCAGAAGCCAUUUGUAAGUUUUGAAGUUGGUACAGAGUACAGCAUUAACAUUAGAUGACAGAAUGGUAAGGUGGGAGAAUAUAUAUUCCCGAUUCAAAUUGAAGCAUCCCACAAAAGCUAAAGCUUCACUAUUAUUAUUUUCCCCCGAAAAUGAAAGAGAUGACUACUGUUUCAAGUGCUGAAAUUUGUCUCCCUGAAGGUUGUUUUUGGUUUGUGUAAAAUGCAGGGGAAUUUUGUUUUGGCAGGAAGGUGGCCCAAUGGGAUAUGAGUUUCCUGUUUUUCCUUUUGUUCUUCUUUUUAACUCAACUUGUUACACUAUUGUAUUUAUGUAACAUUACAACAAGGCCUCAAUGGUAAUAUAAUUUCAGAUCAGAAGGAUUCUUUAUUCUUUGUAGCUUUUUCUGGUGUCAGGAUUCUUCCUAAAUCCUAAUAAUGAAUCUCAACUCUGCAAGACUGCAAC